AUGGCGAGUGCCGGCGCGCGACCGUUGGCCACCUCCUCAUCUCACCAUGUGAGGAAGACCAGCUCUCUGACGGACAAGGGCGACGAUCCUCCGCCGGAGAAGCCGAGCAUCUUCAAACGGUUCAAGCAGAUGUACAAGGACUACUGGUAUGUGCUGGUUCCCGUCCAUCUGGCAACGUCAGCAGUCUGGUUCGGCUCCUUCUAUUACGCCUCGAAAAGUGGUAUCGACGUGGCCGGCAUCCUCGAAUCGUGGGGUUUCAGUCAGACCAUCACAGACAAACUGCGUAACUCGGCCGCUGGACACAUCGCCGUGGCGUACGCGCUCUACAAGCUGGCCACGCCGGCACGGUACACCGUCACACUGGGUGGCACUACCUACUCCAUAAAGUUCCUCAGUGAGCGAGGCUACAUCAAGCCGGUACCGUCGCGACAAGAGAUGAGAGACAUGUACCAGGACCGACGAGAGGAAUUCCGCGAACAGAGUCGCGAGUGGCGCGAAAAAUAUAUGGAGAGACGACGCGAGUGGCGCGAAAAGUUUCAAGAACGGCGGAAACACGGAUGGAGGAAGAAGUGA